UUUCUGCUCUUCUUUUCUCCCUUGCAGCUCCCGAAACCCCCCCUCUAAGCCGCAAGCACCAGCUUUGAAAAAUUGGUGAGAAAGCUUGGAAUUUCUCCUUUUUUCUUGUCCAAGAACCUGAUUUGGAACCCAGAAAUCUUUCCCCCUUGUUGGAAAUUCCAGAUCUGCCUUGCUCUGCUUGUCUUCACCGCCAGCUGCUAUGUGGGUGGGUGAUUUCUGGGCAUUUUUCAGUAAGAACAGCCCCUAAUUUCCUUUGUUCUUGCUUGAAUUGGCUUGGGUUAACUUUGAUUGCUCUUAUUCCCUUCAAUUUUUGCAAGUCCCGUGAAUUGCUCCUGCAGCUUGCCGCCGGCCUCUUCCCCCCUACAGCUCCGGUUUUUACAACUGGAGAAUUAUGAUUUAUGGAAAUAGCAUUGUGAUUAGGAAUGAUCCUAAUGAUGAUUUCAGCUUGAAUUUGUGAUAGUCCGGUAUUAAUUCUGAGGUGUUUUGAUUAGGUUCCCGAUCGUUCUGUCAGUUAGUGCAUGAAUUGAGUGCUCGGUUUUAUGCAAGUGAGGAUGUGAAAUCGAGGACGGGGAAACCACGGGAAGUGACGAGUUAGAAGGCUAGCCAUAUUGUAAUUGGACAUGAAAUUUUAGAAACAAAUUGUGAUCUUGUAAGCUAGAGUGUAUUUGGAGAUUUAUGAUAUCGGAGAAAUUUUAAAGAUUUGAUCUUCAGAUUUUGGUGGUAUCAGAUUGUGGUGUGAUAAGUUCCGAGCCUUGUGCAUUUGUGGGACCCGUCUCACGAGUGCACGGCGUCUGUCGCGUCUCGAAAUUGGGUUUUGGGGCGUGACAAUACCUUUGUAUGAAUACGUGCGACCACCUCUGUCUGAACUUACUCUGCCAUUUCUUCCCAAACUUGAGUAAGCUCAGACUGCAACUGUUGGACUUGUGUCGUAAGAAUCCUAAUGGUAGAAGAAGAGGCCUCACUCAUGUCAUACCAUCACUAAGGGAUGCCAUGCUUUACUGGAUCUUGUAAUGUAGACAUCCCUUUCAUCUAACCUUUUUUGGGGGGUCCAACCACCUCAUUCUAAAUUAGUGGAUCCCAUUCUGGCCACAAAUCCUUGUUUGGUCCAUGCUUCUCUACAUAUUUUUGGUGAGCAUCGUUCUAUUUCAAGAAAAAAAUUUUCAUUAG